AUGGCCUCCCUGAGCUGGGCCCUGCGGGUAGUGGCCACCCGCCCUCGGUGGAUCAUCUUCCAGGGUCUGGGUCCGCGCCCUCUAAGCAGCUCUGCUGGCCCCACCACGGAGAAAAGUGUCCCUUACCAGCAGACCUUGAAGAGGGAGCAGGACUCCUCCCGAGGCCCCAGCAGGCCCCUGCCCAGUGAAGCCAACGUGGUGCUCAUUGGCGGGGGCAGCCUGGGCUGCCAGACCCUGUACCACCUGGCCAAACUGGGCGUGAGGGGGGUGGUCCUGCUGGAGCGGGAUCAGCUGACCUCAGGGACCACGUGGCACACUGCAGGCCUGCUGUGGCAGCUGCGGCCCAGCGACGUGGAGGUGGAGCUGCUGGCCCACACGCGCCGUGUGGUCAACCAUGACCUGCCGGAGGAGACUGGGCUGCACACAGGCUGGAUCCAGAAUGGAGGCCUCUUCAUUGCCUCCAACCGGCAGCGGCUGGACGAGUACAAGCGGCUCAUGUCGCUGGGGAAGGCCUAUGGCGUGGAGUCUCACGUGCUGAGCCCAGCAGAGACCAAGGCACUGUACCCACUGAUGCAUGUGGACGACCUCUACGGGACCCUCUAUGUGCCGCACGACGGGACCAUGGACCCUGCUGGCACUUGCUCCACGCUCGCCCGGGCUGCCACCAUCCGAGGAGCUCAGGUCAUCGAGAACUGCCCAGUGACCGGCAUCCGCGUGCGGACGGAUGACUUUGGGGUACGGCGGGUCGCAGCGGUGGAGACUGAACAUGGCCCCAUCCGGACGCCUGUCGUGGUCAACUGUGCAGGCGUGUGGGCUGGCGCCAUAGGACGCAUGGCAGGAGUCAAGGUCCCCCUGGUGGCCAUGCACCAUGCUUAUGUCGUCACCGAACGCAUUGAGGGCAUCCAGAACAUGCCCAACGUCCGAGACCAUGAUGCGUCUGUGUAUCUCCGUCUGCAGGGGGAUGCCCUGUCUGUGGGCGGCUAUGAGGCCAACCCCAUCUUCUGGGAGGAGGUGUCAGACAGGUUUGCCUUUGGCCUUUUUGACCUGGACUGGGAUGUAUUCACCCAGCACAUCCAAGGUGCCAUCAACCGGGUCCCUGUGCUGGAGAAGACGGGGGUCAAGUCCACAGUCUGUGGCCCAGAAUCCUUCACGCCGGACCACAAGCCUUUAAUGGGGGAGGCGCCAGAGCUCCGAGGGUUCUUCCUGGGCUGUGGCUUCAACAGUGCAGGAAUGAUGCUGGGUGGUGGCUGUGGUCAGGAGCUGGCCCACUGGAUUGUCCAUGGGCGCCCGGAGAAAGACAUGUACAGCUACGACAUCAGACGCUUCCAUCACUCGCUAACCGACCACCACCGCUGGGUCCGGGAGCGCAGCCAUGAGUCCUACGCCAAGAACUACUCGGUGGUCUUCCCUCACGAUGAGCCACUGGCUGGACGCAACAUGCGCAGAGACCCCCUGCAUGAGGAGCUGCUGGGGCAAGGCUGCGUGUUUCAGGAGCGGCACGGCUGGGAGCGGCCAGGAUGGUUCAGCCCCCGCGGGGUGGCGCCGGUCCUCGAUUACGACUAUUAUGGGGCCUACGGGCACCAGGUGCACAAGGACUACACCUAUAACCAGCUGCUGGGGGAUGAGUACACCUUCGACUUCCCACCGCACCACGACAUCAUCAGGAAGGAGUGUCUGGCCUGCAGAGGGGCCGCUGCCGUGUUUGACAUGUCCUACUUUGGGAAGUUCUACUUGGUGGGUCCAGAUGCCAGGAGAGCUGCAGACUGGCUCUUCUCUGCUGACGUCAGCCGGCCCCCAGGCUCGACUGUGUACACUUGCAUGCUGAACCAUCGAGGGGGCACAGAGAGUGACCUGACCGUGAGCCGCCUGGACCCUGGUUCCCAGGACUCCCCACUGGCACCAGCUUUUAAAGGAGAUGGCUACUACCUGGCGGUGGGCGGGGCCGUGGCCCAACACAACUGGUCUCACAUCACCAGCGUGCUGCAGGACCAGUGCUUCCAGUGCCAGCUCAUUGACCGCUCUGAGGACCUGGGCAUGAUCAGUGUCCAGGGGCCAGCCAGCCGGGCCAUUCUCCAGGAAGUGCUCGAGGCGGACCUGAGCAAUGAGGCCUUCCCCUUCUCCACCCACAAGCUGGUGCGGGCUGCUGGGCACCUGGUCCGGGCCAUGAGGCUGUCCUUUGUGGGUGAGCUCGGCUGGGAGCUGCAUGUCCCCAGGGCGGACUGUGUGCCGGUUUACAGGGCCGUCAUGGCUGCGGGUGCAAAACAUGGCCUCGUCAACGCGGGCUACCGGGCCAUCGACUCCCUGAGCAUCGAGAAAGGCUACCGGCACUGGCAUGCAGACUUGCGUCCAGACGACAGCCCCCUGGAAGCGGGCCUGGCCUUCACCUGCAAGCUCAGGUCCAACGUGCCCUUCCUGGGCCGAGAGGCGCUGGAGCAGCAGCGGGCCUCAGGCCUUCGCCGCCGGCUACUGUGCUUCACGGUGGACGAGAAAGUGCCCAUGUUCGGCCUGGAGGCCAUCUGGAGAAAUGGCCAGGUGGUGGGCCACGUCCGCAGAGCUGACUUUGGCUUUGCCAUCGACAAGACCGUUGCCUACGGCUACAUUCGGGACCCGAGUGGCAGCCCGGUGUCCCUGGACUUUAUGAAGAGUGGGGACUACACCCUGGAGAGGAUGGGAGUGACUUACGCUGCACAGGCACACAUGAAGUCGCCCUUUGACCCUGACAACAAGAGGGUCAAGGGCAUCUACUGA